AUGGGACGUAUAUACACGUACGAGUGCCCAUUGCUGACACACCACGUUAUCGUAAUAGAAAGGGGCAAGUAUCAACAAACACACUUGCAGUGUGUGAUCGACGACUUCAGUUCGUUUACGUGCUGCCAGGAUGGGAAGGUUCUGCUGGUGAUUCGAGAAUAUUACGAGAUGCAAUCAGCCGGCCUCUCGGGCUUAAAGUACCCAAAGGGAUUCAUCACACCGUACAAAGGCGUUCGUUACCAUUUGAAGGAGUGGGGUCAUGGAACCCAAGCACCGCAAACAACCGAGGUAUUGUUCAACUUGAAGCACUCUAAAGCUCGGAAUGUCAUUGAGCGUUCUUUUGCAGUGCUCAAGAUGCGUUGGGGAAUACUUCGCAGCCCAAACUUCUAUCCUAUCGAGGUCCAAACGGGAUUGAUAAUUGCUUGUUUCUUACUUCACAAUUUUAUACGCACUCACAUGGAGGUGGAUCCGUAUGAGGAAUUGGUAGGAGCUCAGCAUGAGGACGGGAAUGGGAGUGAUCACGAUGACCCUGUGGUGCCCACGAUCACUACGGUCGCGCCAACACCAAUGUGGACGAAGAAGAGGGACGACCUAGCUGCUGCAAUGUGGGCACAGAGGACAAACGUGUGA